CAAGAAGGGGGAUAACAAUGGGGCACAAAAAAUGAAGUCCCCGUCCCCAUCUUUGGGGCGGAAAGUAUUCGGCGGCGAAGCAAUGUGGAGCUAUCCCAAGCUCCAUGAAUAAAGUGAGCUACCUGGCUCGUUGCUCCAUUAACUAAUAAGUGUUCCAGAAGGAACAAUCGCGUGGCGGGAGGCGCUAGAGGCAGGGCAAAGGAGAGGCGGAACCAUUGGAAAUCCCACGAACUCUACAGCACAAAUUCAACAGUUUGAGAGUCGUCUUCCGAUGAGGUUGAAGACAAGGCCAUCAAGUCCAGCAUACGGGACUAACCGCGGACGAUUAGGGCAUGCCAGAUCACGGGGAUUUCGAGGUUACCAACGGAGUGACGGCUACCAACGAAUCUGCAAGUCUGACCAUGCUCCUCUUAUCAUUGAAAAUCCUGCCCCUCCCCCGCUUUACUAAUCAGUAUCACCCCUCGUAAUUGAAGGGUUUGAGCUGGCCAGUCGCAUGGGAAGCAAUGGAUCUCCAAAGCAGGCUAGCCAAAACUUCUUCGGUAGCUAACGAUGGCUUAGGUUUUCCUAGCCUAGAUGAACAACCCAGAAGACUUGCCCGAAUGGGUGCCACAUUGGCUUGAGAGGAUGACCGCCGAUAAAGGAAUGCCCGACGCAGAAUAUUGGGGAACCCCGAAGCUGGCCGCUUCGUUUUCUCAGUCUCAGCCUUCAGGCAAAUGGUUAAAAUCUAGGGCUGAAAGGAAGUAACUAGUUAAGCGUCCGACCCCGGACUUUUGUGUGGUCAUUGCAGGCAUCUCGAUCUCGAAAACCCAACUCGAGAGUCCAACAACAAGGAUUUCCUGAGCCAAGGUUGGACGAAACAACCUGUUUUGUCCCACAGUUUGGCCACCUGACCGCGCAAGCCCGAACAAACGCAAAACUCCGAAAGCAAAAACUACUUUGGCCAUAAAUAAUCAAAUUCUGGCUACCCCAUGAUCUCAACUUUCCGCGAACUUCCAAGAUCGGGCAAUUAGUAGACCAUAUGAGAAACUGCUCAGUACUUAUUACAUUGAAGCUUCUAGAGCACAAGGCAUCAUGACCUGAAUUAGCGAGUCUCAAGAGGUGCUUCCAGGGCAAAUCAUCAGUAAUCCACGAAGCAGCCUGAAAACCAGCACGCAAAAUUAUUCCAGUGGCCCACACAAAACUUAAUUCUCCUUACAUGUUUGGGGUAUCAAGGUACCUAGGUACCGAACACCAUCCACCAACCGUCCUCCUGGAGAACAAUCGGCCGCAGCCCGAGGUAAUUUCACCAGCUUGGCAAAUUCCUGCGCCCUUGGACCCUCUUGCAAACAUUUAGAAUUAUUGAUUUUUUCCGCAAGUUUAUUAGAUGGCGAACAGGCUCACAAAAUCAAUAAUAAUGAUCCAAAUAUGAACAGCGGCAGUUUUUAUGCUUACAGCGUAUGUUGAGAGAUAACAACUAACUUACAUCUCGGUACUAUGCAUUCAAAGGGCAAAAAAAAUAUUUCAGGUACAGGCCCGGCUCUCGGCAUUCGCACCCAAACACCCGGAUGAAAUUUUGUCUCAUUGCAUAGAGCUUCAUAAUCCGCAUCCAGCAUGGCAAUAAUAAUAAUCAUCAUAUAUUGUGCAUGGGCUGAACACCCUUCCUUUAAACAGAAGGUCGCACGUUUGCGUUUUAUUCAUGUGAGAGUCAGCGAUUUGUUGUUCGUUGCUUGAGCCUUCCAACUUUUAAGAUCAUGAGAACGCCUCCGUUUCUCGCCGGAGCAGAACUUCGGCAACAAGGACCCUGCACAACUUGGCAGUCCUCUAGAUUUAGCGGCGAAAUGUAUGACCGCUAACCAGUUAAAAUAAGCACACUUACUGGAGAGGCGGGCUCUUCGGCGGUUCAGUGUGGGGUUGGGUCCCCCCUUGACCUGGCGAUUGGCGGUUCAACUCCUUCUCUCCAGCUACUGGAAUUCUGAGAAAUUUCUCGUCCCAUCGCGAACUCAGUCUAGCGUCUACUAUCGUCCGAAAAGGCGCGUUGUUCUUCACUUUUAGCACUCCGGUUUACGAGCUCUCAGCGCCGUCAGCGGUCGUCGUUAAAUGCCCAGGUCUCUUCGUUUUGGCGCCCCGCCGCAACCUUGGAAGUUCCCCACAGGGCCACAGCCCACGCUUUGAAACCCGCAAGUCUCAUAUCCGAUAUGGGGGAGGCAAACAAUGGCGAGCUGCUAUGGCUGCAGCUUGUUGCAGCUUGUUAGGAGAUGAGCAAGCUUUGCGCCGGAAUGGACUGGCCUACAUAAGAGCUUGGUCCCCACCGCUCCCCCCCUUUUUCCCUCUAUUUUGCCCGCCUCUCUAUUUUGUACAAAUUUUGUGAUACACACUCUCCACUCUUCCUGUUUUGGGAUUUAUAAAUAUAUUUUGAUAAUAUCGGAUCUUCUUUACGAUUCUUUUUGCUCCCUGACUUUCUCUAAAAUUGUGUUGAUUUCGGAAACCGAUUGCAAGUUUGGAAGAGUUAACUCUCUCAUACAUACUACGCUGGCCACAAAUUCAUUCGUCAUGGCUUCCGUCGAGGUAGCGGAACUGCAGCCGCAGAAUAAGCGGAAAGCCGCCGCUGCAGGCAUUCAGACUACAUCUCGCCCGGUAAAACGUCGCGCAUCGAAAGCUUGUUGCUGUUGCAGGGCGCGCAAGGUCCGAUGUGAUGUCAUGGAAAAUGGCUCUCCGUGUACGAACUGCAGAUUAGAUGAAGUGAAAUGCAUUGUCACCGAGAGCAAGCGCAGAAAGAAGUCUCGAGGUGAUGGAGGCGCUUCAAACUCCACACCGACACAAUCAGCUAACACACCAGACGAUUCGGGAUUUGCCUUUAACACCAGCACUGAGGACCAUAUCGGGGUGCCAAUUCCCGAUCCGCUAGCUCCGUUGUCGCCAUCUCAGUUAUCAGUGGAUUUGGAGCACGGUCAUCACGUUCCGCACCUAUUAUAUCAAACGCAAGACAACCGAAUCAAGCAGGAAGAUCGACGACGCAGAAUGUCAAGUAUUUCGGCGCGUCCGGCCGCUCGCCCACUGUGUAAUAUGACUUCCGCCGUUCAACAACUACUUGAUGUCGAUUUUGGAGCCCGCAUUUCCCCCCAGCCCCCACAGAAGCCGAAAGGCUGGCUACCCAACUUUAUCCGCCCUCUGCCGGCGAAGUUCCAGUCCGACGAUAUCGCGUACCUUGAAGCCAAGGGUGCUCUGACAAUUCCGAGUGAGGGGCUGCGCAAUGAACUCAUGAAAAGUUACCUGCAAUUCGUUCAUCCGUACAUGCCACUGUUGGAAUUGGACGAUUUCCUGCGUACUAUUGCACGGAACGAUGGUUCGCGUCGUAUGAGCCUUCUUCUAUUUCAAGCAACUAUGUUUGCCGGAACUGCAUUCAUCUCAAUGAAGCACCUAGUAGAGGCUGGCUACGAAUCAAGAAAGGAUGCCAGGAAAGCAUUCUUUCAAAGAGCUAGGCUUUUGUAUGAUUUUGAUUACGAGGUUGAUCGGAUAUCUUUGGUCCAAUCCCUUUUGCUGAUGACUCACUGGUAUGAGAUGCCGGAUGACCAAAAAGAUACUUGGCAUUGGAUGGGUGUCAGUUUAUCACUUGCACAUACUAUUGGCCUCCAUCGAGACCCGUCUUCCUCCUGUAUGGACCCUAGACGACAAAAACUCUGGAAGCGCGUUUGGUGGAGCACUUACACUCGUGACCGCUUGAUUGCUCUAGGAAUGCGACGACCCACUCGGAUUAAGGAUGAAGACUGCAAUGUCCCUAUGCUCACGCUGGACGAUUUCGAUGUCAAGCCACUCUCCGCCGAAGCUCUACAAAUAGUUGGAGACUGCGAAUUAGCGCAUAAUAUUGAGCAACAGAGGCAGCUUGCAACCAUGUUUAUGGAAAAAUCCAAACUGUGUCUUUGCAUAAGCCACGUCCUUGGCGCGCAAUAUUCGGUUCUGGGUCACAAGUUUGGAGGUACGACGGAGACUACAAUGAUGUUGGUCCCAAAGAAAGCUUCAUCGGAAACAUGUGAAGUCCAGAAAUGUGAUCAGGAGCUGGAAGCCUGGCUCUCUAGUCUCCCGGAGGUGGCUCAGUAUCUACGCCCUUCAUCAUCUAGCUUUGCUAAUGGGGAGGAAGUCCUACAUCUCCACCGGGCAUUGCUGAAGAUGAUAUACCUUACAACCUCUAGUGCAUUACAUCGUCCACAAGUUCUUCCUGCUACCCCAUCCUCAACAGUUGAAGCUGGACUUCAGGACCUGUCCCGCAACAAAGUCCGCUAUGCUGCAAUCGAAAUCACAAAUAUUGCCCAGCACUUGCAUACAAUGGACCUCACCCGCUACCUCCCAACUACGGGAGUCACUGUUCUGCUCCCUGCAGUCAUCAUCCACCUCCUUGAUAUCAAAUCCAAUGACCUUAAUAUCCGAUCUGCCAGUUUACAUCGCUUCUAUCAGUGUAUGCAGAUCCUGCAAAGACUGAGGGAAAUUUAUGCGUCUGCAGACUUCGCAACGUCCUUCCUUGAAGCCGCCAUUCGGAAAGCUGGAAUUCAGGUUUCCACCCAGGUACCUGAAGAGCAACCAGUUCGGCCAAGCGCACUUCAUUUCUCUACCGGCCAUCCCGAUGCCUUGACUCCACCACCGGACAGCAUGCCAGAUAAAAUCCCGGACUUCACUUAUACUUCAGUCACGCCUAGCAUUCCCUUCACUCAGGUGGAGAAACCGGAUAUUCUCUACGCUUCAACGCCACCUCAAUCCGUGGGAAGUGAAAACGGAAGCACUAAUAAUAUCCGCCCUGAUUUUUUCUCCGAUGAAGCCGCACUUAACGGCACCGAAGAUAGUGACACGAGUCUAACAGAGCUCAUGAAUCUCGCCCAUGAUGCAGACAUCAACCAGAACGACCUCGACGCGUUGAUCAAUUUCGACGAUGCGGGCGCGAAUUUCUUCGCCGGUGAAGACGGCAUUGACGGCAUUGACCCUACGAUUUCGAGCAUGUCAAAUGACAACAGCAACAGAUACAAUCUUGAUAACAUUGACUGGAUGCAUGAUUUUACUGAGAACAACCUCAACAACAAUAAUAACAACAAUACCAUUGAGACGAACAAUAAUAAUAACAAUAAUCUGCAAGUGGUCUCAAACUUUGAUCAGAAGCCACUUGAUUCCGACGGCAAAGCUGGAGAACAACAUAUCUCUAUGCCUAACAGCACCGAGAACGCAGGCGCUAAGGCUACGAGUCCCAACUCUCCUUUUACUGAAUGCGAGCCAUUGCAACUAAGAGCAAUAAGCAUUUCUGCUGAUACAGAUUUCAACGCAUCGAUUUGACGACCGGGUGUUAUGCGACUCGGGCCCUGAUACCCCCAUCUUUAAUGUAAUAAAACAGUUUAACGGACAUUUUCGCAUUUUUUCGUUUCCUAUUUCAUGAAUAAAGGAAUAUCAAAAUUAGAUCUGGGAGUUUACGUGAUGUCUACGGACUGCAGGGUUAUAUUUUAUUCAUUUCUUAUUUUUGGCGUGUUUUGAACCUAAUGAUGCUGUACGCCCCUAAUUUGGGCAAGCAAUGAGAAUGUUUUUAAUAAUGGAGAAUUUGAACUACACAUUUUCUACAAAGUUCACAAAAUGAAGUGAUAAAGCCAAAAGAUAAAUAAACAUAAUAACCUCGAGUUAACUAUACGCGCUUCGUCCAUUGCAGGCCCCUGUAACUAUGCCAUAAUACGCACAUAGGUAACUACCAGAUAUAUAUAAUUUGACAUUGAAUAAUAAAAACAUCCUUCAUAUGCUUUUCUCA